AGCCACAUCAUCUGACACUGACAAAGUGAGCCAAAGAGUGAGGGAGUGUGCAGGAGAAUAAGCGAAGGGUGAGGGAGAGACUGGCAGAAAAAGGAGAGAGAAAAAGUUAACUCAGAAAAAGAACAAGGAGAGACAGAGCAACGGGGUGAAAGCAGAAAGAGUGAAAGAGACCUCCAAUAUGUCGACUCUGCCAAAGGAGAUGCCCCCUGAAGAUGCCAACAACCAGAGCUUCUGGAUGCCGGGGAACUACCAGCGCACGGUCCGGCGUACUGAGGAAUCCUUCCAGGCUUGCAACGACGUGGUGGCCUGCUUUCAAGAGAGGGCCCGGGUGGAGAGGCAGUAUGCCCAGCAGCUCAGUGAGUGGAGUAACAAGUGGAAGCCCCUAGUGGAUGCCAGCCCUCUCUAUGGCUCCCUUCUUAGGGCAUGGCAGUGCUUCCUCUCCUCUGCUGAUCGCCUGUCUGUCCUGCACUCCUCCAUCUGCCGAUCCCUCGUAUCAGAGGAUGGGGACAGAGUGAAGACCUGGCAAAAAGAGACCUUCCAUAAAAAAAUGUUUGGGGGCUUUCGGGAGUCACAUGACUUUGAGACAGGUUUUGCGCGUGCUCAAAAGCCCUGGGCCAAAAGAUUGAAAAAGCUGGAGAAGGCGCGCAACACUUACCACAAGGCGAGCCGCAAGGCGCAGGCCGCCCAAGACAGAGAAGCACAUGCCAGAGGGAACCCUGACUACGCCAUAGAGAAGCAAAAGAAGAUACAGGAGGAGAGAGAGCAGGCCCUACAGGAGAAGGAGAAAAUGCGUGGUCGUUAUGAGAAGGUGUUAGAGGAAGUUACACGUUAUGCUCCACGUUACAUGGAGGAAAUGGAGUCGAUUUUUGACCAAUCACAGGAGGAGGAGAGGAAGAGGAUCAGUUUCCUCAAACAGGCCUUCCUAUCUAUACACAGACAUCUUGAUGUCACAAACAAUGAAAGUGUUAAGGCUGUGUAUAGUGAACUUCACCACACCCUCAUGUCUAUCAGUGAACAGGAUGACCUCCGCUGGUGGAAGAACAACCAUGGUCCAGGCAUGCCGACUGACUGGCCACACUUUGAGGAAUGGAUUCCUCCUGAAAAAAAGCAGAAGAAGGGAAAGAAAAUGAUAGAGGAUAAGGCCAUGCUGGAAAGAACUGUAAUGAUAGGAGGUGUGAGAGUGAGGGCUCUCUAUGACUAUGUGGGACAGGAAACGGACGAACUCUCCUUUAAAGCAGGGGAGGAAUUCCUGAAGAUAGAAGAAGAAGACGACCAGGGCUGGUGCAGAGGAAUGAAGGACGGAGGAAGAGAAGGACUGUACCCGGCAAAUUAUGUAGAACUUGUGCAGUAACUCAGUCCUGCCACUAGAGGGAAUGGAUUCCGUUCUAAAAGAACCUUGCUAACAAUACUGAUGUGGUGAUAAUGCUAGUAGGAGACCUAGUCAGCAUACGCAGUAUUAAUUCUGAACCCUGGAC